AUGGCGGAAGAAGAACUGGUGUCAGCGAAGCACGCGCUGGAGCUGCUUCCAGCGGAGGUGUGGUGGCACGUGUUGCAGCAGUUGGAGCCUGGACCGCUGGCGGAGGUGGUGCGGCUCGCCCUGGUGUGCCGCACCUUCUUCUGCGCCCUCGUCCUGGGCAGCGAGACUGCACUCGACACCAAGCCCCCGAGAGCUGCACCGCCCUUUGCGCCCCUGCGCGCUGCCGCCAUCGCCCACCAGUGGCGCCUCCUGUCUCGUCAGCGCUGGCAGCAGUCCGUGCGCAACGUUGGCCCCUUGGGUCCAUCGCCCCUCAUCCAAGUAGGCACCGGCACCAUUGGCGAGAGGCUGCUGGCGUCGUACCUGGAGCAGGUGGCGCUCGAGCACGACCUGCUGGUUCCCUCGGCUGCAGCAACGUCAGGACCCGGUGGUCUGACGCUCAACCACAAGAUACCGCCACGCGCGCUCUACGGUCUCGGCUCGCACUUCAGGGAGUCUGAUCCCGGCCGGUCCGAUCAGUCGGUGGUGGCCCGCGCGGUCUUCGCCGAUCUGGAGUACCUGGGCAUGGGGACCUCAAAGCAUCCCUCCAGCGUUCUGUUCGACCGAUCAAACUGCUUCCACACGACCGACCAUACACUACACGGCUACUGGUCACAAGGCCACUACUUGGAGGGUGCCGAGUCCCUCGACGAUGUGCUCGACCUGGUCAGGCGGGAGGCCGAGCGCGCCGACACGCUCCAAGCAUUCCAGCUCUUCCACGACGUUGCAGGUGCCUGCGGUGGCGGGUUCACGACCUUGCUCAUGUCCCGCCUGCGGGAGGAAUAUCCCGGCACUAUCAUGUCGACGCUGUCCGUGAUCCCCUAUGAGGAGAUGCCGGUUGCUCAAGGGCCAUAUAACAUAGUCCUCACUCUGGACCAGCUGAUCGAAUACGCGGAUCUGUGCUUCUAUGUCAGCGAAAAGGUCACGCACCCCCUGCGGUUCCCCGCGAGCCAGGGUACCUACGCGCCGAGUUCGCUGCGCAGCCUCGCUCACACCUUGGUGCCCUUUCCGCGGUUCCACCUGCUCUCGCUCAACAAC